AUGUACAAUUCUCGUAAUAUGGCUUCAACAGCGCUCAAGCGCUUGAUGACUGAAUACAAAGAAUUAACACUGAACGCACCUGAAGGAAUAACUGCAGGGCCUAUAAACGAGGAAUCCUUUUUUGAAUGGGAGGCGCUUAUAGCUGGGCCUGAAGGAACGCCUUAUGAAGGUGGUAUCUUUCCUGCGGUGCUCCGAUUUCCCUCAGAUUAUCCAUUGUCACCCCCAACCAUGAAAUUUACAUGCGACAUGUUUCAUCCUAAUGUUUAUCCCGAUGGAAUGGUUUGCAUAUCAAUUCUUCAUCCACCCGGUGACGAUCCGAACAUGUAUGAAAGCUCUUCUGAGCGCUGGUCACCAGUUCAAAGUGUCGAAAAAAUUCUAUUAAGUGUUGUAAGCAUGUUGGCUGAACCAAAUGAUGAAAGUGGUGCCAAUAUUGAAGCUUGUAAAAUUUGGAGAAAUGAUCGAGAAGCGUUUAAUAAAAUUGUUCGUGAUAACGUCAAGAAGACAUUAGGAUUGUGA